GCCAACCUUGAUUUGGCAGCAACUAGCUUAUUCGGGUAAUUUUUGACGACACUCGUUCUCACGCGCGAGCUGCACAACACGGUCAGCUCGUUUGCAUCGAGCUCUGUUUUCCGCCCUCUGCCCUCUGCUCUAUGGACGCGUACUCCUUUGCGUUGGAUGCACUGGCUUGGGCUUUGUUUCUAGUCUUGGCCUUGGCUUUAGUUGUAUGCCACUUUCCCUGCCACCGCUCCCAUGCCUCUUUCUGCUGGGCUCCCAAUCCAUGGGCAUCGAAGACAAUGGCGGCGUUAAUCCCCACGUGUGGUUCGAAAAAUCAACGCAUGUUGAUAAAAAUACCCGCGAAUCAAAAUGGGCGUGUGCACACUUGUAUUUAUUUUAACAGAAGUUUGUUUCUGUCCUUGUUCAAGAAAGGGGAGGGAGGGGAUGCUGCUGCGUCCAACAAGCGGCUGCUGCCGGGCACUCAUAUUCCCCUUUCUCUUCUCCCUCCUCUCCCCCUGUCUCUUUAACUGCCAGCCAUUGUUGGUGCCCACUCCACCAUCCAUCUGCCGUUCAGAAUUACAAAGUAAAGCAAACAACGCCGCAAGGAGACGCGCAUCGCU